AUGGGCCCCUGUACCGCCUCCUCUUGCUGCUGCCAGGCCCGUAAUCUGCCAUGGGCCCCCGUACCGACUCCUCAUGCUGCUGCCAGGCCCGUAAUCUGUCAUGGGCCCCUGUACCGCCUCCUCAUGCUGCUGCCAGGUCCAGAGUGUCUCAUGGGUCCCUGUACGGCCUCCCAUUGCUGCUGUCUCCAGUGCCACACUCUGCCAUGUGCCACUUUCAGGUCUCCUCACACUGCUGGUGGGUUCCAUUUUGUCAUAGGGUGCUUUAUGGCCUCCCAUUGCUGCUGCCUCCACCGCCACACUGUGGCUCCACACUCUGGUUUUGGCCCCGUGACUGCCCAAAUGAGUGAAGUGUGCGGUGAUUCUAAGAUCGACGGCACUCAUCUGCAUGUCAUACUGACUGACAGUAUUAUUUCUCUUCCCCAGCAGACUCCAAGGACAUUUAAAUUAAAGGUACAGUGUUCUGCACUAAUAUAA